AUGUCUGACACUGACAAAAAUACAUCUAAUCAAAAUUUGGAAGAAAAUGUCGUCGAGAGCGGAGAUCAUGAGGAAUUACCAUGUGAACCACAGGAUGGUGUAAAAACAGCAGAGGAAUUUUCCACAAUAUGUAACGAGUUAACACAAAAACUAACAAAAGAUUUGAGUUCAUGUGAGGCGUUAUGGGAGCUAUUCAUAAGCGCGACUAAAAGCUAUGAUAAUAUUAAGCCUAUGUUACCAUAUCUGCCCAAGUUUGUUAAAAACCGUGAACAUUUAUUGGUAUUGAUUCAGAACACUCCGCAUUUGCGUGAGAUGCGUCGCGAAUGGAUAGAACCAGAUGAAUGUAGUGACAAAUUAUCUAUACUGUUAGUUUAUUGGGUCCUCUUUGAAUUAAAAAUGCCAACAUUUGAAACACUAACUCGCCAAGAGGUUGAUAAAUUGGUCGCUACUUUAAAGGAAACUCGCACCGUUAUUAAGCCCACGUACAUCUUCAACGUAGACUAUAAUGAAAAUUCUGAAGAACAAUUAUUUAUAACCCGAAGCUCUCAAUAUCCAACUAAGUUUUGUUUUUUCGGUUGCCCUGCUAGCAAUUUAUUUGAAAUUCUAAUAAGAGGAUUUAAAGUUUAUAAGCACCAAAAUAAUAGCAACUAUGGCAUACCAUUUAAUAAUCAGAGUUUACUUGUAUUAAAUGACACGCCCAGCACACCAUGUUGGGGAAAGUGUUCAUUCGGUGACUCCUUCCAGGCAGUCGCAUUAUGUGAAUUUAUAGAAAAGCCCGAGUAUUAUCUUGCCAGAUAUGAUGAGCACAACUGUUGCCAAAUACACGUACAACAUCCGGAUAUGGUUCGUAUUCGCUAUGUCUUUUUUUAUUGUGAAAAUGCAAAGGCGCCCACCUCUAAAAGCAUUGAACGAUUUAAAUUGUCGGCUGAAAAUUUGGAACGUUUGCGGAGCAGUGAAAAUAUAACGUUCCGAAGAAACGACAAUAGACGUGUUCAUGAUAAAGAAAGCAUUGAGAAUUUGGAACGUUUGAGGACCAGCAAAAAUAUAACGUUCCGCAGGCAUGAUAGGAGACGUGUUGAUGAUACAGAAACAGACUGUGAGGAAAGACGGACUAAUCCGGUAAUAUUAUCGGUAGAAAUGCUUGUACCGGCAGUUAUGCGCGAAGAUAGUAACCUUAGUCGCAAUUGUCAAAUAAAAGUUAUCGAUAAUAAUCCAACAGGUUCGUAA